CCGGUGUAGGAGGAAGAGAGUUUAAAAUGUAAGACUCGCUCUUGUUUAUUCAGAAAUCAAGGCAAGCUGGUGAACAAGAAUCAUGCUCGGCUUUAAAGUGUCUGUGCUCCUCUUCGUUGUCUUUUCUCUGAGUAAAUCCAGCGGCAGGUUUCUAAACUCCUGUAGUUAUCCACCGUCACAAUGGUGCGACUCUAGAGACAUUGCAGCCGAAUGUGGGGUGUUGGAACAAUGCAUGAAGUACAACGUAACUAAGUCCACCGAUGACAAGGUCACCGUGGGCCUGUACUACGAGUCUUUGUGUCCUGGAUGCAGGCAGUUUCUUGUAUUGCGGCUCUUGCCUACCUUCGUUAUGUUGCAGGACAUCAUGGCUAUUGAUUUGGUUCCAUAUGGAAAUGCACAGGAGAAAGAAGAUAAAGGGAAGUACAUCUUCACUUGUCAGCAUGGACAGGAUGAAUGUCAAGGUAACCUGAUUGAGACCUGCUUGUUGAAUAUGUUCGGAAUAGAAGCUGUUACAGUCAUUUUCUGCAUGGAGUCAGGACCAAAUGUGCUGAAAUCUGCCCAGCCGUGUUUCGAAGUCUACUUUCCUGAUCAAAAAUGGGAUUCAGUCAUGGCUUGUGUGAACGGAGAUAAGGGCAAUGCAUUAAUGCAUCAAAAUGCUGUGAAAACAAAUGCUCUGAAACCCCCUCAUCAAUAUGUGCCUUGGAUAACUAUUAAUGGAGAACACACAGAUGAUCUUCAGGAAAAAGCGAUGAAUUCUCUCUACAAUCUCGUGUGCAGCUUGUACAAGGGUAAAAAAACACCUGCUUGUGGUCAAGGGUUGAAGAAGGAAACCAACAGUUACUGCAUGAAUAAUCAAUAACUACGAUAACAGCACUACUCAUGUCUAGAAUGAUGAGACAAUGUAUGAAACAUAAGCCAAUACAUGCUGCCAUGUAUUUGAAUUUUUUUACAAAUAUUUUUUUAUCUUUUUGUGUUUGUAUGUACAUGAAACCAUAAUUGUGCAGCCGAAAACCAUGUACAAACUACAACUGGUGACAAGACAGUAUGUUUAUAUAGUCACAUUUUAAUACUGUUUUGUAUGCAUAAAAUUAAAAAGCAAAUUUCCAUCA